AAGUUUCUACAGAAGCUAUUGAUACUUUAUCAUAUGCUAGUAUAAUGAUUUUACAAAGAUAUCUAAAUAAAGAAAAGAUAGCUAUUGCUAAUAAUCAUUUAUAUAAAGUUGUUUCAUAUCUAGAAGCUAAAAAAGAUAAUAU